UCUAACCUAUGACCAUAACAGGCUAGAAUAACAAUAACAAAUAGGCACGUUGACAUUUCUUGUAUGUUGUAUGUGAUUUAUAGGAGAUAGAAAAGAUACAAAAGGAUAAUAACUUCAUAUAUUCCCAGGUGGAAUUCUUAAGUUUUGUGUUUUUUUUUGUUAUACUCAGGCCCUUUUCAGUUGUAUGUUAUUGUUCGGAAUACGCUUUUAACUAUUACAGAAUUAUUUAGGAACAUGACUCAGGAGAAUAGUGCGUCAGAACCCUCUACUAGCCCAGUGAAGUUGAAAACACCAAAAAAGGGCAUUAUCUAUUUAUCAUCGAUACCUCCUUAUAUGAAUGUAUCUUUGAUCAAAGAAGUAUUUAGUAAAUUUGGUACAGUAGGAAGAAUAUAUUUGCAGUUGGCAGAUAAGGAUAUGAAGGAUACAAAGAAAGAAAAAAGUAAGAGAAAAAAAGUCAGUAAAUUCACAGAAGGUUGGGUGGAAUUCGAAAGGAAAUCUGUUGCAAAAAAAGUGGUUGCUCUUCUCAAUAACACUCAAGUGAGCAACAGAAAAAAAUCUAAGCAGUAUGAUCAUAUUUGGAGCAUGAAAUAUCUCUCCCGUUUCAAAUGGACACAUCUUCAUGAAAGGUUAGCAUAUGAAAAGGCAGCAAGGCGACAAAAAUUGAGAGCUGAAAUACAACUUGCCAAGAAGAAGAGUACAUUCUUUGCUCAGAAUUUGAAGAAAAAGGCUACUAACAGCAAAGCAUUUGAACAUGCCAACACUGUUGAAGAAGAGAAGAAAGAAACUGAUAUCGUGGAUGAUAGAAAACAAUUUUUGCAAGAUUUGUUUUUAUAAGUAUGAGUUGUAUUUUAUUGAGGUAUAUUUUGUAAAUAAAAAUGUUUGAAUAUUUAAA